AUGCUUUACCAAGGAGGCAAGACACUGGAAUUAGUUGAUCCAAGCCUUGUCAGGUUUAAUCGGGAUGAGGCAGCGAUGUGCAUUCAACUGGGGUUGUUAUGCUGUCAACAAAGCAUUGCAGAUAGGCCUGACAUGAACUCAGUUCAUCUCAUGCUUUCGAGUGACUCAUUUACUUUACCCAGACCGGGCAAACCAGGAAUUCAAGGUCGUGGAGGACGUUGGACGACUACCACUACUUCUGCUCUCACUAACAGUGCUACAGCUGCUAAUGCUAGUAGUACAAACACUGGUUCCAGCAGGGUUUCUGGAGGUAAUAGUAUUGUGGAGGAAUAUUCUAGAAAUUCUAUGUCUGUUUCGUCUAUUGAAGAAGUUGUUUUUGGCUAUUUCGAUUUCCAAAUCCAUCGCAUUGAGACCGCCUCCCUUUCUCUCAUAAAGGAGGGGUUAAGCGUAGAGUCUAUAAAUUUUAUGGGGAGCCUUUGGCAAGAGUUAGGUUUACUCAACCAGACCAAACUUGUUAGUUACUUGAUCGAAAUAGGGCAACUUGACGGAGGAGAUUUACUUGUGCAUGAGUCUAAUGUAUGUGCAGACAAUCUGGCAAAUUUUGGUGUUGGGAUAGGGUACCGUACAACACUCUUAACAGGCCUUUCUGGGUUUCAUUUGCAACGUUUGUUGAAAAGACCAACAUGGACGUCUUGCAAGUAG